AUAAGCAUUUCUUUCUCCCACCAAUCGACUUCACUGUUGUGGUGUUGGGAGUGCUGCUUCUGUGCGCUAUGGGCGGGAACGAGCAAGUCGUUCGAAUAAUACAGUGAAUACCGCAAGCAAUUGAACAUGUCAGGUCAACGUAAAACAAAAAAUGACGGAAGAAAUUUCCACAUUGCAAGAAAUUUUAUUAAGCAGAAAAUACUGCAUUCGUAUGUCCCACACGAAAAUUAUGAAGCUGCUUACAAACAGGUAGCCGAUUUGUUCAGGAGAACUGUGGAAACUGGUGACAGCGAUUCACUGUUGUUGGUUGGGCCCAGAGGCAGCGGGAAAUCAAAUUUAGUGCAUACCGUUAUAAAGGAGCUCCUAGAAGAACCAUCAUUUACAGGAGCAGCAUUGAUGGUGGAACUCAAUGGUUUUAUUCACUCGGAUGAACGACUUUCACUGAAGGAUAUUACCAGACAACUUCAUGCGGAAUCGUUGGUUGGAAAUAGAGAAUUUAGAUCAGCUGCAGAUAACCUCUCUUUCUUGCUGGAGAGUUUGAAGUCUGGGAAUAAAAGAUCAAAAUCUGUCAUAUUUGUAAUUGACGAGUUUGAUUUGUUUUGCAAUCGAGAAAAUCAGUCAUUAAUAUACAGCCUCUUUGAUGUUGCACAGGCAGCACAUACUCCUCUUUGUCUCCUUGGUAUUACAUCUUAUUAUCAUGUUUUGGAUUUGCUGGAGGAACGAGUCAAAUCUCGUUUCUCAAGACGACAACUAUUACUUCAUGGUGCAGGUGGUCCAGAUGGUUUGAAAUCGCGUUACAGGCAUCUGCAGCAACUUCUGUAUUUGCCACAACGUCUGUGUCUAUUGGACAUCCAAUCAUCUUUCCUAGAGCAGUGGAACUCGAAUCUAGCAAAGAUUUGUGAGGACAGAAGAGUACAGGACAUUAUUUUUCAACAGCAUCAGACAGACACAAGCGAUAGCUAUUUCCGUAACUUUUUGUUCCAGGUUAUCUCCAGAUUAUCAGUUGAAAAGCCAUUGCUUCAAGUAUCAGAUUUUGUGGAGAUUUACGAAAAAAACAUGGAAGAUUCAAAGAUGAACAUGCUGAAUGGGUUAUCUGUCUUGGAACUAUGUCUGGUGAUUGCCAUGAAACAUUUCACAGAAAUAUAUAAUGGAGAACCUUUCAAUUUUGAACUUAUUCUACGAUCCUAUUUAAGAUUUGUCCGUCAGAAUUCAUCCAUUUUAGUCACACAGAGAUCAGUUAUUCUUAAAGCAUUCCAGCAUUUGAAGGUCAUGGAAUUUAUCAAGCUUUUGGCAGGUGAAGAUGAAGAAGAGUACAAUGAACUUUCCAUUGGGAGGCAAAAGCAAGACGAAUUUAAAAUGUACAGGUUAAUGAUAACAGACGAUCAAAUUGAUGCUGCAGUCAGGGCCUACCCUAACCUACCAACUGAAGUGUCUCAGUGGGCCUGUAGUAGUUUACAGUAAUGAAGAAGAAAAUGUGAGACAGCAAAUAGCAAAUAAAUAAACGUUGGUACCUCUUUUUAAAAAUCAUAUAAUGUUCUUAGUAACAUGAGGAUGUCUAUACAAUGUUACUGAUAUUCUUCUUUAAUUCAGAGGAAUGGUGUAAAAUUUUAAUCUCUGUUUGUAUCAAACAAAUAUUUAUAAGACAAUAAUAAUAAUGAUUUAUAUAAGUUUUCAUUUGUUAAAUUUGUAUUAUUUAUAGACUGUAAGUAGCUUGUCUGUUUCAAAAGCUUGGAAAAAAAUAUUUCAUCGCAAUACCCUUCACAUACACAGUUGGGAAAAUUAGGCAGAUACAAAAUGAAAUAGCACAAAAAUGUUUCUCAAAUAUGACAUAAAAUGAGAAAGCAUCUAACAGCACUGUAGUUCACCUUUCACCAAAGAACAGUGUGAUUUUCAGAAGCUAUUGCAUUUAGCACUACUACAUCUACAUCUACACUCCAUAAGUCGAUUUAUAGUUCGUAGCAGAGUAUACUGUGUAUAUCAGUCAUUCCUCCAUUCCUUUCCUGUUCCAUUUGCACUAAGUACAUAAACCCAUAAUGAAAUGUAGAACUCUUUGUGGGAUCUUUUCUAUAUUCUCUGUUAAUCUGACCGUGAAUUUAUUCCAGAUUGAUGAGCAAUAUCUUAAGAACUGGUCGAAUUAAUAUUGUGUAAGCUGCUUCUUUCAUAGGGAAAUUAUGUAUCCUUUGGAUUUUUCUAAAGGAUCUGUCUCGCAUCUGUUCUUCCUACAACUAAUUUUAUGCGGUUCUUCCACUUUAUGUUGAUCUCGACUCAUAGUCCUACAUAUUUUACAGAUGUUACUGUUUACAAUGAUCAAUUCCAAAAUUUUUCAUCGAGUAAUACUGGCUCUUUCCACUCUUUUCUUUGCAAUGUGUUACACUUGUUUCUUCCGAGGCUCAACUGCCAUUCUUUAAUGAAACAUUGAUGCCCUGUAGGAUUUUGUACAUUUUUCUACAGUUUUUUGAUGUUUAACUUCCCUAUAUACAACAGUAUCCUAUGCAAGAAGCCUCAUCAAAAUUCAAUAGUUACCCACUAGAUUGCUGACAGUAUUGAUCCUAUAGCACUCUCUUGGAUUACGCCCAAAGCUACAUUCACAUUAGACAUUUCCUUCCCAUUAAGAACAACAUACAAUUCUGAUGGAACCCUCAGGUGACACACAAAGCUGGUUGAGUAUUUCGUAACUUGUAUUUUAUUGAGAAACCAACAAUGUGUAACUCUAAUGAAAAACCUUCAGACGUAAAUUCCACAUUAAUGUUGUCUUUAGUAGAAAAAGAGGUCCACAAUGCUGAACAAAAAUUUUUGAUCAUGUACACAGUGACAUAAAAUUUCUGACAGACACCUAAGUAAAAUUUGAAAACAAACUUAGAAAGUUUUUCCUGAGAACUACAUCUAUUCCAUAGAAGAAUUUUUAUUACUGUAACGUGUAAAAGGUGGCGGGUAGUAAUUACUAACUCGCAUCUGUAUGUAUUUUUUCUUUUUGUAACAAAAAAUAAAAACAAAUAAAAAAUCUUAGAAAUGUUCAGAAUGUAA